AUGGCUGAUGAUUGUGCAGCAACUAAUCCACCUAAGAGAUCUGACGUGGCUCCUACAGAAUUAAAAAAUUGGUUCCAGUCCUUGAGGCAAAUCCAUCGGGUUCGGGCAGACGGCAGCGGAAGGUCAUGGCAGAUGGCAACUCGAUGCCCAGAGGCUUCAAAAUCGUUGGUAUAUUUUUCUGAUGGAAACCAUGUUUCACGUGGAAGAAAAGCACCACCUAGUCACUGCUUGUUCACAAUCAAUUCCUUCUCUUUGCUUUCUGAGCCAUACACCUCAGAAAAAUUCGAAGCCGGCGGAUACGAAUGGACUCUAUCUGUUUACCCAUCUGGGAACAAAAAAAGGGACGGAGAUCAUCACAUAUCAAUAUAUCUGAACUUGAUAGUUCAAAACUCAAAUUUAAUUCCCGUUGGUUGGGAGGUCAAUGCCAUUGCAAAUUUGUUUGUAUAUGAUUGCCUUCACGACGAGUAUUUGUCAACUCAAGAUGCGAGCAUAAGGCGGUUCCAUGAGCUUCAAACAGAAUGGGGUAUCCCAAAAUUCAUCGACCUUGUCUCAUUCAAUGAACCUUCAAAUGGAUAUCUAAUGGAGGAUUCGUGCACAUUCGGAGCAGAAAUUUUUGUUGUCAAGCCCACUUAUCAAGGAUUAAAUAUAUCAUUGAGACAGGAACCUCCUUCUCUUUUCUAUAGAUGGAAAUUCAAUAACUUUUCAAAUUCCAAAUUUGAAUCGUACGUGUCUGAAACUUUCAUGGCUGGGGACUACAAAUGGAAGCUCACUUUCUACCCUAAUGGGUUUUCUGAGGCCAGGGGGAAUAGUAUCUCCUUAUUUCUGACUAUUGAUGAAUCGUCCAUUCCAGAAAACACUAAAUUAUAUGUGCAUUGCAUCUUGCGAGCCAGAGACCAAAUCAAUGAGCAGCAUGUUGAAGAAGAAUUCUAUAGGCACUUCUCAAAGUCGAAUCGAUUAUGGGGCUCAAGAUUGUUCGUGCCACUGGCCAAAUUGACGGAUCCAACUAAGGGUUUCUUGCAAAGGGAUAGUUGUAUUUUUGAGGCUGAGUUUAAAAUUCUGGGCAUAGUUGAAAAGAGUAUUUGA